AUGGGAAGAAGCCGAACUCGAUAUGUUCAGAAGAGCUGCACAAACUGUCGUAAAGAGAAAAGAAGAUGCAGUGAGGGCAUAAUCUGCAAAAGAUGCUCUGAUCGUGGUAGGGAAUGCAAGAGAAAUUGGGAUUCACAGAAAAGAGGACGAAAAAAAAAUAACACAGAUGGCAAUAGCGGGAAUAACAUGACCGAUGAAGCUAUAUUUAUAUUGGGGGAUAAUAAUCCUUUGGCCAUACCACCUGUCACCGAAGAUGAUAACUUCGAACAACGACUUACGAGGGAAUUAUUUAAUUUUAAUCGUGGAUGGCCUUGGUGA